CGCCGCUCACCCGGGAACGGGGACUGGCGGAGGCGCGGCCUCCCCGCGGGAGGGCCAGGAAACAUGGCCCCGCGCCCGGCUGCUGGAAACCGCUCGCGAACGCGGGGAGAGCACGGAUGAGGAACCAAAGUUCAGGAGCCAUAAGCUGCAUGGCCAACAAGAGGUGGAGCCAAGGUUUAAAUCCAGAUGGGUCUGACUCCAAAGCCUAUCUUUUCCGCUACACCAUUAGUCUGACUGGCAUGAAGUCAUACCAUGGGAGCCUCCAUUGGAACAGUAGGUUGGGAACAGUUGUGGAGGGCCUGUCAUACCAAACAGCAUGGAGGCGCCAUCUAGAAGCCAUAAGAAGAAAUGAAGUACUAAUACAUGAUACAACAUGGGUGAACUUUAAAAGUGUUAUGCUGAAUAACAGAAGCCAGACACAUGAAGGCCACAUACUAUAUGACUCUGUUUAUGUGAAACAUCCAGAAAAAGGCUGCUUGUGAAAGUCAGACCAAAUAGCAGGAAGAUUCUGCAGGAAGAUGGAUUUAGGAAAGGACCACUGUCGUUUGACACACCAUCAGAAACCUGAUCGUCUUCAGGAAAAGAACCAUGUUCCAGAAGUCAUUGGAACUUGGAGUUUGCGAAACAGAGAGCAACUCAGAAAAAGAAAGGCUGAAGCACAAGAAAGGCAAACUUCGCAAUGGCAGUUUGGAGAGAAAAAACGCAGGCGGCAGAGAACAGAAAAAGGAAAUGAAAGAGGCAGAAAGAGACAACAAAAUACAGAACUGAAGGUGGAGCCUCAGUCACAAUUAGAAAAGGAAAUGAUGGAGGAAGUACUGGCACCUCCAGAGAAAGAGAUUGAGCCACCCAGGGGUGUAACUGAAGCUCUCCCUUCAGUAGCCUCUCCCCAAGAAGUUAUGACUGAGAUUUUUGCAAUCAGUCAAGAAAGCAUUAUACAUCAGGAAAAUUCUUCUGAGUAUCAAGAAACAGCAGUACAAAAUCACCCUUCUGAACCUGAAGACCUCUCUCCUAAAAUGUGCCAAGAAAGAGCUGUAGCCAAAGCCCUUCCUUCUAAAACUUCUGAAGACAUAGCUGACCUGGAAGGAUGCUGUCUUGAAGCAUACCCCAAACCAGAUGUGCCUAACAGAUACACUCUUGAAACAUACCAAAAAAAUGCUGAACCCAAGGAAUACAGUUCUGAACCAGGGCAAGAAAUAGCUGAGACUGAAAGCACCUUUGCUAAAAUACAACAAGAAAUAGCUGUGCCUAAAGACCUUUCUACUAAAACAUACCAAGAAACAGUUGAACACUUUUCUCAAACAUCUACAACAGAAAUUGCUGUGACUAGAGCUCCCUUUCAUCAAACAAUCCAAGAAACACCUGUUCCUGAAGAAUAUCCACCAGAAAUAUACCGGGAAACACCUGUUCCUGAAGAAUAUCCACCUGAAAUAUGCCAAGAACCACCUGAGCCUGAAGACUGUUCACCUGAAAUAUACCAAGAAACACCUGGGCCUGAAGACCUCUCCACUAAGACCUAUAAAAAUAAAGAUGUAUCUAAAGAAUGCUUUCCAGAACCAUACCAAGAAACAGGUGGGCCCCAAGACCAAGAUCCUAAAGCACAGCUGAAAGAUUCUGAGGAUGUUUAUACUUUUCCUCAAGAAAUGCAAGAAAAGCCCAAAGCAGAAGGACCAGAGAUACCAGCAAUUUCAAAUGUUCCUCAAGAGAUUCACUCAGAAAAUGACAUCUAUAGUUAUGUUUUGCUUUAACAAUGUUCAGCCAUCAUAGUUGUCCAACAAAAUACACAUCUUAAUAUAUUAUUGUGUGAUUUUUCCUCAAAAUACUAUAGAAAUCUCUAUUAUAUUCAUUAAUAUUUUAUCUGGGCUUUUUUCCCCAGAUAAAGAGCAUAUCAUGUUUUUUCAGGCUCUACCACAUAGAUAAUAGACUGCUUGUGUGUGUGUGUGUGUGUGUGUGUGUGUAUACUGGGAUGAGGAUAGUGAUGGGAAAAGACACAAAUGGGAAAGGGGAGGGCUGAAUAAUUGAUUUUUUUCCUUCUGAGAACAAACAUUCUUUAAUUCUUAAGAGCAGAAAAAUUAUUGUCUGAACACUUAAAAUUUGGGGGAACAUGUUGUUUUCUUGUAAACUUUGUUCAGUUAUUAAUGUAACAGUAGCAUCAACAUUUUCUUCAGGCUUAGUUGGCUUUUUAGUUAAUUUUAACAAUUCUUAUUAUUCUAGAUAAGAAAAUUCAAAUAUAUUUUGGAGUGAUGAAUGUAGUUUGCUUGUGUAUUUGAAUUCUUACUUUCUAUUUUUACUUUUUAGAUAUUGUAUUUGUGCAAAAUGUACAUUAAAUCAUUAUUACAUGCUUAACUGUAUGGACAGCAUCAUGGUAAGCACGGAGGGCUAGAAGCUGUGACACAUCGUCCUUGCCCACCAGGGGUUUAAUCUAGUCUCGUGGGGGAAGGAGGAUAAAACAGAAAACAAAUAAUUACAAAAGAAAGUAGUUUAUGCUAGUGGCAUUUGAAUAGUAGAUACAAUAAAGGGAAUGCUCACUUUUUUUGCUGGAAUGACCUGAAAAAAAUUACACAAGAAUGGAACCUUGAAAGAUGGAGGGGACCUGUAUUACAGGCAAGGAUAGCAGCAUUAUUGUAUGUGCCACAGAGAAGGAUGAAUUCAGGCCAUGUUCAAGAGAACUGCAUGCAAACUACAGUUAAUACAGGAUCCAUGUGGAAAGGCAGGCUGGCAGGGUAAAAAUCUCAUAUCAGCAUGUACAGAAUUUUACAUACCUAACAAAGAAGUAUAUCCUUCACUUGUUAGGUAAUGGGGAAGGAACUAAGUAAGACUUUUGAACAAUGGAGUGGCAGUUUUAGUAUUUUAGGAAUGAUUAUCUGGUGAUAAUGGUCAGGAUUCACUGAAAAGAGAGAUUGCAGGAAGGAAUAGGAAUUAUUCCCAGGAAGAUGUCUGAAAUCUCCCCUAGUAUUUUUUUUGUGGGGGUGGGGGGUUAUUUUCAGUUUUACUUUUAUUAUUACAGAGGAUGCAAAGUAAAGGAGAUAUUUGCAAACAAAGGUGCAGUUCAGCAAGGGCACAAUUGCAAAAGCUGUUCAUAUAGGCAUUGUGCUAGGUUCUAGGCUACAGCAAAGAACAAAACAGGAUCCCAGACUCUCAAGCAUUCCCAGUGUAAAACAAUGGUUCUCAACCUCAUGAUAUAUUAGAAUCGCUGGGGAAGAUUUCAAAAUUACAGAUUCCCGGACACCUCCCCAAGGAUUUUGAUUUAUCGUCUACAGUGGCAUCCAGGCAUAGAUAUAUUUAUUCUUUUGUUUUUGCUUUAAAUACUGUUUUUUAGGAAUAAUUUUAGGAUUAUAAGUUGUAAUGAUAGUACAGAACUUCCUGUAUACCCCUCAACCAAUAUACCUUAACGGUAGCAUGUUAUGUAACCAUGGUCCAUUUAUAAAAUCAUAUUAAGAUGGUUCCAUUCUCAAACUAAUCUACAGAUCUUAUUUGGAUUU